AUGAUCAAGACACUCUCAAGGCCACCUUUCCCUUCUGGCUGGGGCAGUAUACCAACGACUCUCUCCAAUCUCAGUCUUUCCAACACCCUUCCUGUCGGUCAAUCUUUUCUCUGGCACAAACGAACUCUUCCUGCUGCUGGACCAGAUGAACCCUUGGAGGAAUAUUCAAGGGCGAUUCGUAACCCUUGCCGAGUGAUUUUCCUCCGUCAAUCGAUCCAUCGACUUCACUACGUUUCACUAUUACCCGAUGGAUCUACGAGCAAAGAUGAAGAAACGCGUCAAUGGUUAGAAGAUUAUUUUCAACUUGUCAACUAUCCCGACCUUUCUCUUUUAUAUAAAGAAUGGAGAGAUCGAGAUACUGAAUUAUUUGGGAAGAUAGAGUUUGAUAAAAAAGCUAUAGGAGUACGAGUAUUAAGACAAGAUCCUUGGGAAUGUUUAAUUUCAUUCAUAACUUCAACUAAUAAUCAUAUCACUCGAAUAUCAUCAUUAAUGCAUAAAUUAAGUAUAAAUUAUUCUAAACCUUUAUUCACCAUUGAACAAUUCGAAGGUUCAUCAUCCAUCACAUAUCACCCAUUCCCAAUUCCUGAGGAUUUCCCAGAUUCCUUCGAAACGAAUUUACGUCAACUAGGAUUCGGUUAUAGAGCUAGUUUCAUCGAAAGUUCAAUCAAGUCAUUACGUCAACAAUUCGGUUCGAAUCCAGGAUCUAUAGAGAAAGGUUUGGUUGAUUUGAGGAAAAAGGAUUUAGAUGUGAUAGGGGAAUGUUUGAUAUCGUUAAAAGGAGUCGGACGAAAAGUUGCCGAUUGUGUAAUGUUAAUGUCUUUAGAUCAACCAUCUUUAAUUCCUGUAGAUACCCAUGUUGCUUCUAUAGCGGCAAGACAUCCUUCUUUCCCAUCAAGACUACGUAACAAAACCAUGUCGAAACAGAUGUAUGACGAUAUUCAACUUUUCCUUGCUGAUCGAUGGGGUCCAUUAGGAGGAUGGUGUCAAGCUGUCAUGUUUGCUGCUGAUUUACCUCCCAUCCGACCGGCGGAGGUGUCGUGCUCGGUAUCAGACGAAUUAGGCUUCUGCGAGUCAAAAAAUGUCGUUAUGGUCGAUCAAAUCAUCCAAGACGUCAAACCGAUAUCCGUAGCCAAAUCACGUUCUAAGCGAUCAAAACGUACCAGCGAUGGGGUCGAUAAUGGAGUUGUACUUGAACACAAGAGAACUCGGAGAGUAUCUGGGACACCCAGAUCGACUUCGUAA